CGGCGGCGGCGGCGGCUCCGGCGGCGGCGGCGGCCCGGGCGGCCCGCAGGGAGCAGCGAGCGGCCUCCAUCCGGCGAAAGCGGGCGGCGGCGGCCAGAGCGAGCGAGGCGCGCGCCGGGCGCCCGUGGCAGGCGGCGGCGGCGGCGGCCCAGCGCCAGGACGACGCCGCGCAGCGCCGGACGCGGACCACUUUCAUGCUGAUUCCCCCGGACCCGGGCAGCGCUCCGGCCACUCCGCGGGCCGCCGGCCUCCGCCCCGGCCUGCCGGGCUUUCUGGGUGCGCCCGCGACCGGCGCCUCCGCUCUCCCAGUCGUCCUGAUUUCGAUGGCUUUCCUGAAUGGCUGACUGUGGGCUGCCCUGGACUUGGCCCCCGGACAGUCGCCUCUCCUCCUCCUCUUCCUCCUCCUCUUCCUCCUCCUACUCCAACUCCUCGGCACACCAGCUCUGAGAGCGAGAGAGUGAACGAGAGAGGGAGGGAGAGAGUGAGAGCGAGCGAGAUCUUUGGAGAGAUUUUUUUUUUUUUUUUUUUUUUUUUUUUUUUGCCUCCUACUUCUGUCUUGAAGCCAGACAAUCGACUUGCAGCUCUCCCUCCCCUCCCUCUCUCUCCACGUUCUGCUCCCACUCUCUCUCCCCUGGCCCCUUCCCCUCCCCUCCGGGCGGAAAGCCCCCCGAAACCAACAAAGCUGAGCCGAGGGAAACAAACAAAACAAACACACCGGGCCAGACAAGCCAUCGACAAAACUUUGCAAAAGCAGAAACAAAAAAGGAAAAACUAAUCAACCUCAACCAACCAGCCCCCGAGCCACCCGGGGCGCCCUCCCGCGCCCUCUCGCACCCUCGCACACACAAAAGGCGGCGCGCCGGAGCCCGAGACCCGGGAGCCGCCGCCGCCCGCAGCCAGGGGAGCAGGAAGUCCGGACGCGGCCCCCAUAGAUAUGGCAAUGGUAGUCAGCACGUGGCGCGACCCCCAGGACGAGGUGCCCGGCUCGCAGGGCAGCCAGGCCUCGCAGGCGCCGCCUGUGCCCGGCCCGCCGCCCGGCGCCCCGCACACGCCACAGACGCCGGGCCAAGGGGGCCCGGCCAGCACGCCGGCCCAGACGGCGGCCGGUGGCCAGGGCGGCCCCGGCGGCCCGGGCGGCGACAAGCAGCAGCAGCAGCAACACAUCGAGUGCGUGGUGUGCGGGGACAAGUCAAGCGGCAAGCACUACGGCCAGUUCACGUGCGAGGGCUGCAAGAGCUUCUUCAAGCGCAGCGUGCGGAGGAACCUGAGCUACACGUGCCGCGCCAACCGGAACUGUCCCAUCGACCAGCACCACCGCAACCAGUGCCAGUACUGCCGCCUCAAAAAGUGCCUCAAAGUGGGCAUGAGACGGGAAGCGGUGCAGAGGGGCCGGAUGCCGCCCACCCAGCCAACCCACGGGCAGUUUGCGCUCACCAACGGGGACCCUCUCAACUGCCACUCGUACCUGUCCGGAUAUAUUUCUCUGCUGCUGCGCGCCGAGCCCUACCCCACGUCGCGCUUCGGCAGUCAGUGCAUGCAGCCCAACAACAUCAUGGGCAUCGAGAACAUUUGCGAACUGGCCGCGCGGAUGCUCUUCAGCGCCGUCGAGUGGGCCCGGAACAUCCCCUUCUUCCCUGACCUGCAGAUCACCGACCAGGUGGCCCUGCUUCGCCUCACCUGGAGCGAGCUGUUCGUGCUCAAUGCAGCGCAGUGCUCCAUGCCCCUCCACGUCGCCCCGCUCCUGGCCGCCGCCGGCCUACACGCCUCUCCCAUGUCCGCCGACCGAGUGGUCGCCUUUAUGGACCACAUACGGAUCUUCCAAGAGCAAGUGGAGAAGCUCAAAGCACUGCACGUCGACUCCGCCGAGUACAGCUGUCUCAAGGCCAUAGUCCUGUUCACCUCAGAUGCCUGUGGUCUCUCUGAUGUAGCCCAUGUGGAAAGCUUGCAGGAAAAGUCCCAGUGUGCUUUGGAAGAAUACGUUAGGAGCCAGUACCCCAAUCAACCAACGCGAUUUGGAAAGCUUUUGCUUCGCCUCCCUUCCCUCCGCACGGUCUCCUCCUCAGUCAUAGAGCAAUUGUUUUUCGUCCGUUUGGUAGGUAAAACCCCCAUCGAAACCCUCAUCCGGGAUAUGUUACUGUCCGGCAGCAGUUUUAACUGGCCGUAUAUGGCAAUUCAAUAAAUAAUAAAUCAAAAUAAGAAGGGGCAGUGAAACAGAGAGAAAGAAAAGGCAAAAGACUGGUUUGUUUGCUUAAAUUCCUUCUGUUAAGAAAGGAUAUAAAAGGAUGUUACAAGUUUGCUAAAAGAAGAGAGGGGAAGAAUUUAAUGGACUGUGAAUUUCAAAAAAAAAAAAGACUGUCAAAUGAACUUUUACAGAAUGCAUUAAAAAAAAAAACUCCUGUGUCGGUCAGAGCAACUUGCUACUUAUCAUUUUUGUAUAAAAAGGAAAUUAGUCUUUUUCUUUUUUUGGUAAAUUUUUGAAAAAUAUUGCUAAAAGUGCAUUUAAGGAGAUUGGGAGAAAAUUAGCAGAAUGGAGAAAGUAAGUCUUUUUUUUUUUUUCCAAAUUAUUAAUUGUCCUGUGUCUAUGUACCUCUAGCUGUUCUUUUUUGUACUUUUCUGGUUCCAAACCAGUUUAUUCUGUGGUUCUAUAAUAAGUUUUGAUAUAAUCUUGGCUUCUUAAAAACUGUGUAUCCUUAAAAUAUAUGUUCUGCAAGAAUUAAAACUGAGUCCAUGAAAAUAUCAUAGGAAGACAUAAAACUUUAAAAGGCAACUCAGAGAUGAUGGAAACGCACUUAGAAGUGGUGACCAAAAAUUUUAGGCGAAGUUGAGCACUCUUAAUUUGAGAACUGGAGGAACCACAUACACUUAACUUCCCAACCCUGCCCCCCCCAAAAAAGACACCAUGACAAACCUAGCUUUUUAAAAAUAUUUUAAGAAAGAGAAUGAACUGUGGAAUUUAUUGGCAGCCAAGGAAUGUGUCCAAGACACAUGCUGAGGUUUUGAAUAAAAAGUGAACUUUUGUAAUUUGAAUUGGGUCCCGCUUAGUUCUUGAAUUGUUACGAAAAUCCUAUAUCUGUUUGUAUAUUUGCAAACCCUUUGUAUUAUAAUUGUUGAUAUUUUCCCUUUUUAAAAAAUACCAUUGAAAUCAGCAUGACAAAAUAACACUGUUGGCACUUAUAGGUAACGUGAUUGAUUCAGUAUCUUAGAGUUUACAGUUUGUGUUUUAAAAAAAACUGAAGGUUUUUUUUUUUAAGUGCAACAUUUCUGUAUACUGUAAAAGUUAUAAUAACUGAACUGUUUGGUCGAGUCUUUGUGUGUUAUAUUCCAAGGAAAAUUGAAAGUAUUCAGAAAUUAAAAUAUUAUUUGAUAUCUGAAA